AUGAUGGAACCCCGUAGAUUAUCUGUCAAAGGUUCAGCUUAUCUUGAACUUUACUUUUUGUUUAGUAAAGAGCACAAACAACAUGUCAAACAUGAGAGUGGAUAUUUAAGAAAGUUUGUGAAAAAGAUGAACGAUAUAUUUGAGUCUCAGAAAAAUUUACUACGAGUAACGCUCACUUUUCUAAAGGCCAGCGUGUGGAAUCCCGGCAAGCAAGCUUACACAUCUGGAGGAAGGCUGAAUGCUGAAGUGCUAAAAAAACUACUGAAAAAACAGGCGACCAGAGUAGAGACGAAGUGGCAUAAAACGCACCCCCAUCAACCCAUCAGUGCCGUUAUCUUUGUUACCACGGAGGAAAUUAUGAACAAAACUACAAAUCGUCCAAAAAUUGUUGCAGGCAUCAGUGGAAGAAUCGGAGGAAUUUGUCUGGCGGAAGAGAAAGUAGCUGCAGCGACAGAUGACGGCAACUACAGCGGAGUCAGGGAAGUUGCUCGUCAGCUAUCGUUUCUCAUGGGUGCUGUGAAUGACGGCGAGGGUCCUCCAGGAGCCGAAUUCGUGAGAGGAAGUGACGGUGCAGAAGGCUGUGACCCUAACGAUGGAUUUCUCAUGGGUAAAUGGGGAAACGAUCGGAAAAGCUUUGGCUUAUCUAGCUGCACUCCACACCAGUUCGUGAUGGGACUGAGGUAA